AUGGGAUUCCGGACACAUCCACGAGACCCAAAGGAUGUAGAAGCACGAACCCCGACCAAACGAGAAGUGACUAGCGCGGUAAUGUCAACCUUCGACCCUAUGGGGCUGGCAUCACCCGUGCUAAUAGAAGGGAAAGCGCUCAUUCAGAGCAUUUGGCGGAGCGGGAUCGACUGGGACGACGUCAUCCUGGAAAAGGACGAGGUGGCGUGGAAACGUUAUAUGGAGAACCUUCGCAUGUUGCAAGGCCUCCGAAUAGCAAGGUGCUUCUCGUACUGUAACACUGAGGGGGAGCUGCACACGUUCACCGACGCCAGCGAGAAGGCCUACGCGUGUGCAGUCUAUUGGCGUCAGAAGACAGACGAGAGCACCUACCGCGUCACGCUUCUAGCAGGGAAAGCCAGGGUGACCCCACUGAGACCAGUCUCUAUCCCAAGGCUGGAGCUGCAAGCUGCACUGCUGGGGACAAGGAUGGCGCAGGCGAUAGCGAACGAAUUGGACAUCGCGGUCGGCAGAAGGACGUACUGGACUGACUCCAGUACAGUUCUGACAUGGAUAAAGACCGACCCACGCACGUUCAAACCUUUCGUUGCGCACCGACUCGCCGAGAUAGAAGAGUCAACGAAGCCCCAAGAAUGGCGAUGGGUGCCUGGCUCGCAGAACCCAGCAGACGACGCAACUAGAGAGGCGCCGGCGGAUUUCGACCACACGCAUCGGUGGUUUAAUGGACCCGAGUUCCUGAUGUGGGAUGAAUCGCGCUGGCCCAAGCCGCGAACAUUCAAGCAAGAACCGUCUGGAGAAGAGAAAGAGGCCUACCUGGUCGCCACGGCGAGGACCGCUGACGCUCAACCCACGCCCGAUCCGCACAGAUUCUCGAGCUGGGUCAGGUUAUUGAGAGCAACAGCCAGGGUCCUCCAAUUUAUCGAGCUGUGUCGACCCCGGAAGGAGAGCGCCUGCGUGUCCAGACAAUUGGAGCAGCAAGAUCCCACGUGGAGGACGACGCGAGCGAAGCAGCCCCGAUCAACAUGGAAGAUAAGGACUCCAGAAGCACCUACAGAAGCGUGGCUGCCGCUCGAUCCGCCCCACUUGAAGAAGGCGGAGAAGAUCCUACUGAGAAGCAGCCAAGGAGAGAGCUUCGGUGAAAAAGAUCCCGAACGUCACCCCAAGUUGCGACGGCUCGACGUCGUGAUGGAAGAUGGCCUGUUGCGCCUGCGCGGACGUAUUGACGCAGCGCAAUACAUAGAUGCAGGCUGCAAGCGACCGAUCGUGCUGGACGGGAAGCACGUGAUAGCGAGAUUAUUGAUCAAACACUAUCACGAGGCGUUCCAGCACGGUAACCACGCAACGGUGAUGAACGAGGUGCGGCAGCGCUACUGGAUCCUAGGUCUAAGAUCGAUCAUUCGAGCGACGGCCGUCCGAUGCCAGUGGUGCAAGGUCUAUCGGAGUACACCACGACUACCGCCCACCGGAGACCUGCCGAUAGAGCGGCUACGACAUGGAGAGCCGCCGUUCACCUGUGCUGCCGUCGAUUACUUCGGGCCGAUGACGGUGACUGUAGGACGACGUCACGAGAAGAGGUGGGGCGUGCUGUUCACAUGCCUCACCACGAGAGCAGUCCACAUGGAGCUAGCAGCGUCACUGACGGCAGACUCAAUGCUGUUAGCGCUGCGCAGGAUGGCCGCCCGACGAGGAAUGCCCAAAGUCAUUUACAGCGACAAUGGGACUAACUUCGUCGGCGCCAACAAGGAGCUCAAGCAGGCAAUCGAGAAUGCAAGGGAAGCAGACGUCGUGUCACGGGCCGCUCAGAUGAACAUAAAAUGGAAGUUCAUCCCGCCAGGAGCGCCGAACAUGGGAGGCGCGUGGGAACGUUUGGUGCGGUCCGUGAAGACCGCGCUGGCAGUCACACUGAAGGAAAGACACCCGAGGGAAGAAGUUCUGCACACUCUUCUGUUGGAGGCGGAGCACGUCGUCAAUUCGAGACCGCUCGUCGCCAGGGAAGAGAGUUGGGAGUCAGAAGCACUCACGCCGAACCACUUCCUCAUAGGGAGAUCCUGCGGAGCUCCAAGCAUCGGCGACUACAGAGACGAAGACCUGACCGGCAAAAAGAACAUGGAGAGUGGCGAAGCGUAUGGAAGACCACUUCUGGAGUAG